AUGGCUCUGCUGCGCAAUGAGACGUCGUCUCCGGCCCUGAUCCCAGACUCUGAUCCUUCCAAUGGCUUUCUGUAUUUGCCACCAACCUUCCUGGAUGCCCUGAUACCAGGAUACUCGGUGCUUGCUGAGGCCGUGCACAAGUUUGCCGGGAUCGACAUCUCCUUCUACGUGUCGCUCUGCGCCUUUGUCUUUGUGCUUCAUGCAGCAUGGAAUUUCACCGUCGCUCCACUGCGCGACACUCUGAUCAAGAAAUUUUCUUCCACGGUGGUCAUCGACGAAUACGAUGAAAUCUUCGAUUUUGUGCUUAGCUGGAUCCGGGCUCACAAACUAAUGCAAGAUCUGCUGUCUUUACGAGCAGAGAGCCAGGGCCGGAGCUAUGAUUACAAUGACGACCACGACAACAUGAUGGGCCGUGACCUGUCCGACGGCACCAUCUUCAACUUCAACGAUUGGGCUGCACGCGCUCCACCCAAGUACGAGCCUCACUUGUCUUCUGGGUUCUUCUACCACAAGGGCCGCUUCUUCCGCAUCAUUCGUGACCAGGAAAAGGUGCAGGACGGCCACUUCUCCGUCAUGCGCGAUAGAGAGAAGCUACUGAUUACGGUUCUCUGGCGAUCCACUCGACCCAUCAAGGCGCUGAUCGAAGAGGCCCGCGAGUUCUACCUCGGCAAGCGAACAUCCCACACCAGAAUCUACCGGCCUGUGGCUAAGGAAGAGAGGAGUCAUAAUAACGAAUGGCAUAUCGUUGCUGUGCGGCCGAGCAGGCCGAUCGCCACAGUCGUCCUUGAUGAUUUACCCAAAGCCGAGAUUCUUAUAGAUUUGAACGAAUUCUUGCAUCCCAAAACGGCGAGAUGGUAUUCAAACCGCGGUAUUCCAUACCGAAGAGGCUACCUGUUCCAUGGGCCACCAGGUACCGGCAAAUCGAGCAUGAGCUUCUCCCUCGCCGGACUCUUUGGCUUGAAUAUAUACUGCUUGUCUCUCAGCGAGAUCACCUUGACCGAGGAAAGCCUCAUCGUGCUCUUCAACACUCUUCCACGGCGCUGCAUCGUCUUGCUGGAAGACAUUGAUUCGGCAGGCAUCUCUCGACCAAAGCCAGCAAGUAAGGAGGGUAAGGGUGAGAGGAGUACGGAGAGGAAGAAGAAGAAGAAGCAGACAAAACAAGACACGUCAGAGGACGACGUGAUGGUGCCCGGCCUCCCGAAGAAGCUGACAAACGCCAUCAGUAUUUCCGGUCUACUGAACGCGAUCGACGGCGUUGCCUCUCAAGAAGGCCGUAUCCUCAUCAUGACUACCAACUAUCCGGAAAAGCUCGAUGAGGCUCUUGUCAGGCCAGGUAGGGUGGACAUGAAGAUCAAGUUCGAUCUGGCUAGCACCCAACAAAUCAAAGAGCUGUUCCUUCGUAUGUACUCGGCAGAUUCAGUCGAGCAUGCAAGACAAGCGACCAAGAUAAGCCAGGUAAUGCCACACAUGGAUAUGAGGAGCCUCAUGGAGGCCAACGGCGAUCUUGCCCCGGGCUCUGAUGAGCAGGCUAAAACUAACCGUGCCGAUGAUGGCACUACGCCUGCAGAAAAGGAUUCUAUCACGAACUCUCCGAAUGCUUCCGCGCCUCUUACCAUCGACGCCGACUUGGAGAAACUAGCAAACCAAUUUUCCGAUGUCCUCCCUGGUGGAACUUUCUCGCCGGCCGAGGUUCAGGGCUAUCUGCUUACCAGAAAGAAGGGACCGAAAAAGGCGGUUGCUGACAUUGUGGCUUGGAGAGACGAGCAGAUCGCUAGGAAGACUAUGAAGGCCCUAGAGAAGAAGCAGACGCCGGAUACGAAAGAUAAGUCUGAAGCACAAAGCACUGCGACCACCUCCGUUAAGCAAACAGAGCCGCCAGCAGACUCCGAGGAGGAUUUUGUUAGAUCGAAAAGUGAGUCCAGCUCGGAUGACUCGGUCAGUGACGGUGACGGCUCUUAG